AACCCGCAAUCCUUUAUUCAGAAAAAAGCGUCUUCCUCUUAUCCAUACCGCCCAUUCUCUCAUGCGCCGGCGGCCGCUGCACCUCGGGCGGGAGGAUGAAGAGGAGAUGGGGCGCGGUGCUCCCCUCCUGGUUCGGUGCACGAGGGAAGGAGGAGGGAUCUACUCAAGACGGGAGCUGAGGCCGGCGGCGCCCUCUACGCAAGCCUCAUCGGCGGUUCGGCGGGAGAGCUCCGACCCGUCCAUAGGUGCGGGGACGCAGAUCCACGUCGCCAUCCUAUAUAAGAACCAGAAGCCGAGAUGCAAAUAUGCAAUUAAACACAGAACCUUUAUGUGGUCUGAACAAGAUGAACAACAUGAGAGAAUGGAGCGGGAAUCGGAAUCGAAUGGAAAGCAGAGUUAGCGGCUCAGAUCAACGACAUGAACUGCUCAAUUUUCCCUAUUGUAUUAGCCCAAGGAUGGAGUAUCUUUAUCCUGCUCUCGCUAGUGGGAUACGAAAGGCGCUCUUCCAUCCAAUUCCUCGACCCGGUCAACCCAAGUACAUUGCAAAUGGUGUUUGAUUGUAGCGAAGCAUCAUUGAAUUAAAUGUAUUCAUGAGUUAUAAAUGUUAUUACUAAUCUUAUAGAGUUGGAACUUGGAAUGUCAUUAAGAGAAUUUCCAUUUCUGGAA